AUGUCGGGACCUGUGCCAAGCCGGGCCCGUGUCUACACGGAUGUGAACACACACAGACCUCGGGAGUAUUGGGACUACGAGUCACAUGUUGUAGAAUGGGGGAACCAGGAUGACUACCAGCUGGUGAGAAAACUUGGUCGGGGCAAGUACAGCGAAGUCUUUGAAGCCAUCAACAUCACCAAUAACGAGAAAGUUGUGGUUAAAAUUCUCAAGCCUGUGAAGAAGAAGAAAAUUAAGCGUGAAAUCAAGAUUCUGGAGAAUUUGCGAGGCGGGCCCAACAUCAUCACACUGGCUGACAUAGUGAAAGAUCCUGUGUCCAGAACGCCGGCGCUGGUAUUUGAACAUGUCAACAACACAGAUUUUAAGCAGUUAUAUCAAACUCUAACAGAUUACGACAUUAGGUUCUAUAUGUAUGAAAUAUUAAAGGCUUUGGAUUAUUGUCACAGUAUGGGUAUCAUGCACAGGGACGUGAAACCUCACAACGUUAUGAUUGAUCACGAGCACAGAAAGCUCCGACUAAUAGAUUGGGGUCUCGCAGAGUUCUAUCACCCGGGCCAGGAAUACAAUGUGAGAGUCGCCUCCAGAUACUUCAAAGGGCCAGAGCUGCUUGUCGAUUAUCAGAUGUAUGAUUACAGUCUAGAUAUGUGGAGCUUGGGCUGUAUGUUAGCCAGCAUGAUCUUCAGAAAGGAGCCAUUUUUCCAUGGACACGAUAAUUAUGAUCAGCUGGUGAGAAUAGCCAAAGUUCUGGGAACAGAAGACCUGUAUGAUUACAUUGAUAAGUACAAUAUUGAACUGGAUCCUCGCUUCAAUGACAUUUUGGGCAGACAUUCCCGUAAGCGGUGGGAGCGCUUUGUGCACAGUGAGAAUCAGCACCUGGUCAGUCCAGAGGCUCUGGAUUUCCUGGACAAACUGCUGCGAUACGAUCACCAGACACGACUGACCGCUCGUGAAGCCAUGGACCACCCAUACUUCUACCCCAUUGUGAAGGACCAGUCUCGGAUGGGCACCUCUAACAUGCCCAGCGGCAGCACCCCAGUCAGUAGCGCCAGUAUGAUGUCAGGUCAGUCCCAGCCCAAGUCCAGUGUCCGUGACAAGUCAGGGAUUUCCACGGUGCCAACUCCCUCAGCUCUAGGUUCUCUAGCUGGAUCACCAGUCAUCUCUGCAACCAACACCCUCGGGACGCCCGUCGCAGCCACUGCUGGAGCCCCCCAGUAGGGUUUUUUCUGUCCUGGCGCUGUCAGGAAGAGGGCAAGCAGAUCCGGGAAGAAGAAAAUUAAAAAUAAAAAAAUCCCCCUACCCCCCCACACACCUCAGCCCCUCUACCUGACUACAUCUCCCACCUUUCCGUGGAGGGAGGGGGCUGCCCAAAGAACAACCAUGCCCCCUGGACGCGCCAUGUCUGAGCAGUUGCUUGUGGAUCUAUAGUAGUUCUGUCAUUUAUAUAUAAAAACAAAAAAAAUUA